AUGGCAUCCUACGCGAGCACAAUUUUGCAACCCCUCGACUUUGAGAAAGUCGCGUGGGGUGUGAGCAUUUCAACCAUAGGGGUCGCGUUUUUGGUCAGUGGACGUUCCAUCGUGAGAAACCUGGUCGUCGACCUUCUUUCCGCCAUUUGCGACUGGUACUUGCAAUGGAAGUUCAUCAUCCGUAACGAAAACCGGACGGCGAGCAUGCCAUCCUUGCCCUAUCGUUGGCCAAACGGCAAUGGAGACGUUGCCAAGUUUCUCCAAGGUCGUGAGAAGGCCGAAGAGUGGCUCGCAAAAUAUGGCUCGAUCUACCGGAUCUGGUCCGGAUCCACUUCUGAGGUGGUCAUCUCUGAUCCGGAGCAUCUCAAAGUAGUCUUCAAGGAUUCCGAUCAGCACCUAAAAGCUAUCAACAACGACUCAGGAUACCUCAUGAGUCAGAUUCUUGGGCAAUGUGUCGGUCUGCUCAGUGGGAAAGCCUGGCAAAGCCUUAGAUCGCAGAUGGAGGUCCCCUUUUCUCACAUGGCAAUCGCAAACGACGCGCCCAUAAUUCGCCAGCAGACCAUCAAGUUCGUCGACAAGUUGCGCAAAAAGGGAGACUUCCAACAUGGAAUCUUCGAUCCAGCCCGAGAUCUCAGCUUCUAUCCUUUCCUGGUUGUGGCAACGCUGCUGUAUGGAGAGCUAGACGAUAUCGACGUCCAGUGGCUGGGGAAGAUUGCCCCUAACCGCCAGAAGCUCUUCACAUAUGUCAUCAAGGGAGGACUGGGAAGAUUUUGGCUGUCAAAGUACCUCCCGACCAACGCUAACAAGCUCCUUGGAGAGUUCCAACAAGAGUGGAGGGCCUUUAACGAAAGCAUGUACAAGAAGGCAAUGGCUGGAGGGGCGAAUGCGCCGAUGACAGCUCUCUGGGAGCAAUCUCAGAGGGGGGAGAUGAGUGAGGUGCAGCUGCUCCAAACACUAGAUGAGUCUCUUUUUGCAAAUUUGGAUGUCACCACCGGAGCCAUUUCGUGGAACUUCAUCUAUUUGGCCUCAUCUCUCCAGGAUCAGACUCGACUGACGGAGGAAGUGAGGCGUGAGGCAGGCGCUGAUGAGACUUCGUGGAAUGCGUACAUUGCCAGAAGCGACACGUUUCUUGCAGCAUGUAUCAGCGAGUCUUCUCGUCUGCGUCCAGUGGCACCAUUUUCCAUCCCGCAAGCUCCCCCAACAGACCGUAAGGUGGGCGAUUGGGUCGUCUCUGGAGGCACGAUGGUGAUCGUGGAUACCUACGGGCUCAACAUGCGUAAUCCAUUCUGGGGAAACAACAGCCACCAGUACAUGCCCGAGCGUUUCCUGGGUAUCAAGGCAUCUCAGCUGCGGUACAAUAUGUGGCGCUAUGGCUUUGGACCCAGACAGUGCAUGGGCAAGUACGUCGCCGACCGAAUGGUGCGAAGCAUCGUCGCGCUCCUCAUCCGGGACUAUCAGGUGGAGUUGCAGCCGCAGGACAAGGGCAUCGACUAUUCGGUCAACCCAGACGAGUGGAUUACACACCCAGAUGUGAGGUUGAUCUGCAAGGAGAGAAAAGUGGCUGCUUGA